AUGGUUUCCGAUUCGUCUUCUCUCAUGAACCCCUCUUCUUAUUCUCCGUCUCCUUCCUCUUCACCUCCUACUUCUCCUACAUCUUCCACUCCCUCUCUCUCCUCUUCUCUCACCUCUCUUCCGUCUCCUCCCAAACAUCAUCCCUCUUCGCCUUCGCCGUUUUCUUCUUCGCCGCAUCGGUUGCUUUUCUUAGCGAUGGAGUUUGAUUUGCAGACGGAGGAAUACGUUAAAUCGAGUAAAGAGAUUGAUCGUUUACCGUGGAAAGGAGGUAGUGAGAGUAAUCGUCAGUACGAGUUCUUGAGGGGUGAGCUGAGGAGGACGGCUCCGGUUAAUGGACGUGCUCUGUUGCUUUUCCGGUCUAGAUGGGGUUGUUCUGUCGCUAAGCUUGAAGCUUGGGGAGCUAAGCGUGGUCGGCGUCAUAAAAAGUACGUCAAUGUUCGUCCUCAUUACAAAACCUGA